CUCAGGUCAGGCUAUGAGGACCCCUAUCAGAGAUACCACACUCCAACACCAAGGGAAGAGUAUGCUUAUGGAAAUUAUUACUACCGUGGACAUCCACAGCUGCUGCAAGAAGAAAGAGCGGCAAGGCAAGGGAGCCCUUAUAUCUGGAAUGAAGAUUAUGGAGAUCAAAAGUACUUCAAUGAGCGUCAUCGUGAAAAGUGCAAUAGUCCCCUUGGAACAAGUAGUGAGACCCAAUUCCAAUCUACCAGCAAGAAUCCGUAUGAAGACAGUCUUGCUUCUAUCUCUGGACAGGAGCCGCCUGGGGAGUUCUUUCCAGAGAGUGAGGCCCAGAAACAGCAGCCAUCACUGGUCGGCAGGUCCAACCUUCUCCAACAGCAUGAGUCUGGCCUCAGCUCUAGCAGCUAUGAACUCAGUCAGUACAUGACAGAUGUCCCCGAGCCGUAUGAACCUAUGGUAUCAGCAACUUGGAGACCUGUUCAGGCUGAUGAUGCCUUGGCGACUGUUCCCAAGGCACCCACGAAGUUUUAUGUUCCCCACGUGUCUGUGAGUUUUGGGCCAGGAGGCCAGCUAGUGUGUGUGUCCCCCAACUCUCCUGCUGAUGGACAAACGGCCCUUGUUGAAGUGCACAGCAUGGAGGUUAUCCUUAAUGAUUCUGAGGAUCAAGAGGAGAUGAGAGGUUUCCCAGGACCGCUCAUCAGGGAGGACAUCCACAAGGUGGAUAUCAUGACGUUCUGCCAGCAGAAAGCGGCUCAGUGUCUCAAGUCUGAGACACCAGGGAGCCGGGACUCAGCCCUACUCUGGCAACUGCUGGUUCUCCUUUGUCGACAGAACGGGUCCAUGGUGGGGUCUGACAUUGCUGAGCUGCUGAUGCAGGACUGUAGGAAGCUGGAGAAGUACAAGAGGCAGCCCCCAGUGGCCAACCUCAUCAACCUGACGGAUGAGGACUGGCCGGUGGUGAACUCCGGGACUCGCAACCUGCUCACUGGGGAGAUUCCCCCCAGCGUGGAGACGCCUGCGCAGAUCGUGGAGAAAUUCACCAAGCUACUCUACUAUGGAAGGAAGAAGGAGGCUUUGGAAUGGGCUAUGAAGAACCACUUGUGGGGCCAUGCUUUGUUCCUAGCCAGUAAGAUGGACCCAAGGACCUACAAUUGGGUCAUGAGUGGCUUCACCAGUACGCUGGCACUCAACGACCCCCUGCAGACCCUCUUCCAGCUCAUGUCGGGAAGGAUUCCACAAGCAGCCACGUGUUGUGGAGACAAGCUGUGGGGAGACUGGCGGCCCCACUUGGCCGUGAUCCUGUCAAAUCAGGCUGGGGACACAGAGCUGUACCAGCGAGCGAUUGUCAGCAUGGGGGACACCCUGGCUGGGAAGGGGCUUGUCGAGGCGGCCCACUUCUGCUAUAUCAUGGCUCCCGUGCCCUUUGGCCACUACACCUCGAAGACAGACCAUCUGGCCUUGCUGGGCAGUAACCACAGUCAGGAGUUUUUGAAGUUUGCUACAAUCGAGGCGAUCCAGAGGACAGAAAUCUUCGAGUACUGCCAGAUGCUGGGCCGCCCCAAAUCCUUCAUCCCUUCUUUCCAGGUGUAUAAGCUCCUUUAUGCUUCCCGGCUGGCAGAUUAUGGCCUGGCAUCCCAGGCUUUGCAUUACUGUGAAGCCAUUGGUGAGGCUGUCCUGAGCCAGGGAGGGGGCAGUCACCCUGUGCUAUUAGCGGAGCUCAUCAAGCUUGCAGAGAAACUGAAGCUGUCAGAUCCUCUGGUUUUAGAAAGACGCCAUGGGGACAGGGACCUGGAACCAGAUUGGCUAGUGCAACUGCGGAGGCAGCACAAGGCACUGGAGCAAAAUAAAACAGGAGACCCUGGAGAUCCCGAUGCUACCCACCCAGAUAUUCAUGGAACCAGAGGAACAACAGACAUCCCCUACCAGGAUCUUUCGGGAUAUCAAAGCUACUCAGGAGACCCGGGGUAUCGCUCAUCUCCAUGGCCAACACCUGAGCAGACAGGCCUGACCCAGCCUAUCCCACAGCAGCCUUUCCCUCUGCAGCGAGAUGCCUACCCAGAGAGAGAUGGUUCAAGGCACAUGGGGACCCCAGUGCCUCUUUACUCGGUUCCUGCAACCCACUUGCCAGCGACCAGUGGCGGUGGCGGCGGCGGCAGUGUGGCAAUAACAGGGGCUCCUGGAGGAAGAGUUGGGGAGGAAAUGCUGCGGAUGCAUCCUUCCCUUGGAGAGACCACAGCGCCUCAAGAACCCCUGCAAGUUCCUGAUGAUCUAGAAGUAGUUUCCAGUCCUCAGGCACCACUGGCUCCCGGGCCCCGAAGGUUUUCUGAAGAUUCCACCGUUUCAGCCAAGGAAGACGAGGGCGGGUCUUCGGAUGGGUCGGACGAACCAUCUCACCAAGAUGCUUCGCAGAGAGGAAAGCCAGGGGAUGGGAAAGAGAAUACAAAGAGCUCUGGAUUUGGCUGGUUCAGCUGGUUUCGAUCAAAGCCUGCCAACAGUGAGUCCCCCUCUGGAGAUGAAGACUCCUCGGACAGCUCAGACUCAGAGGAGUCUCCUGGCACAUCACCUCCUCACCAUACCGGCCUGGGCCUCUCACCAACACCUCCACUCACAUCUCCAUCUGUAUCGGAUGCCAGCUCCUCCUCCAGAGGCAUAGGUGGGAGCAAUCUGCUUGGAUCCUCAUACAGCAGCGGAACAGCUGAAGGCACUGGGGUUGGAGGCUUUUCUGGCCCACAGCCACAGGGUGUUUCUUCUGAGUUCUACUCCCAGCCAGGUGCUCUGCCUCCUCCACCCACUUUGCAAGGUGCUGUUCCUCUCUACAAUCCAUCUCAGGUCCCUCAGCUUUCCACAGCGACUAGCCUGAACCGGCCAAACCGCCUAGCCCAGCGCCGCUAUCCAACCCAGCCAUGCUGAGAGUGACCAUCUGUCCCAGGCUCAUGAGAGUGACCACCUACUCAUCCAGGGCUCAUGAGAAUGACCGUCUGUCCAAGUCUCAUGAGAGAGACCAUCUACCUAUCCCAGGCUCAGGACCACCUGCCCAUCCUGGGGGCAUGAAAAUGACCACCUGCCCAUCCUGGGUUCAUCUCCAGGAGCACAACUUUUCUCUUGCUUUCUUCUUCUCAGUACCCCACUCACCUCGUCGUAUUCAGGCACUUGCUGUGAACCACUGUGCAAGGGGUAGCUGGAGAUAAAGGGCAGGGUCUCCCUAGACACAGCUUAAUCUAGUCUUCAGCUUAGCCUUAGAGUGGUGGGAAUGAUCUCAUCAGAUGGAGGAGAAGGGGAUAGUGUCCUCAGUAGAGGGUCAUGGCAGCAGCACUUGAGGCAGAAGCUUGAGAAUCUCAGGAAGAUGAGGGCUCUGAGAAUCCCAUGGCAAGAACCUAAAGGACACCACUGGGCUGUGGAGCAGGGGCUUGGAGCAACAUCCCAGAAUAGCUUUGACUGAGACUUGCUUAAAGACCAGUUUAUGGCUCUUGUUAGCAAAGUUUUUACAUUGAAUUUGAUUAUUGCUGCCCUUCAGUGAUUCCUUCUUCAAUGACAUUUCAGCAAUUUUCCUCCUGGUCCUAGUUUUGAGCACAUUUUCUGUGUGGUUCAGACUAAUUAUAUUUCUCUCACUUUCUUAGCUGGUCCUAUUUUUUCACAUUCUGACAUCUGGCUAUCAAGUUAGAUUGCUGUAGGCAUCAUAUUGUCAUGGUAACUACUGAACCUAAUGAUGCAGAUGGAUGGAACAUCAGUAUAAUAAAUAAUGGAAAACGUUUCCUAAAAACGUCAUCCUUUCCAUAAGAGGGGAGAAAUGAGUGUCUCAUAUUGUUAAUACCUGCCUUCCUACCUCAGGCCUUUGCAAAUUGAUGUUCUGAGGGUCACUGGGGCCUAACGGAGGAGGGAGAAAUCUUGGAAAUUUCCAUUUUUUCCUUUCAAACCUCAAAUAGGAAUGAUUCUUGCUGUUUGUCAGAUUUGCUUAAAAUUGCUCUUCACAAAGAACAUUUUUUUUGUAUGUGUAAUUGUACAUAAAAGUUUUGUACUUUAAUGUACUAUGGUUCUGAUGUUGAUAGCGAUUAAAUCCAGAUAAUUUUAUAGCAAA